UUGCUGGCGUCCUCUAAGAUGGCAGCCUCUUCUGCUGCCGUCCGAUUCCGAAACGCAUAUGGUGAUCGUAAGCCUCCGGACAUCACUCGCCGCAUCACUGCUUGCGUAGCAUGUCGCAAAUUGAAGAUCAAAUGUCACAUGACCAAUUCGAAACCACCUUGCACACGAUGUAAGUCUCGGGGCUUGCCAUGCACAGUCAACAAAAGCAUACAAAUGAUUUUAGAAGAUGAUUUGACGUGGAAAGACAGCAUGGAGAAGCGGGUCAAAGCUCUGGAGCAAUUGCUUGUGGCGACAAACGGGGUCUCCAACCCAGACUCUCAAGAGAGGCAAAGUCCGAGUCAUCUGAGCAGGAAUUCACAGCGCUCAUCGUGGGAUUUUGAACCAACGUCGCAAAAUGCCAUCGAUCUUCCAGAGAGUCCUUCCGUACCAGAGAUCCGAAGCUCAACGACAGGUUUAAACUUUUCUUGUAGCCCAGGCGCAUUCCCGGCUUCCUCCCUGACAUGCCACCCAAUUAAUGAUAGAGGGGAAAUUUCUAAAAACAAUCCCGAUCUCAUUACGAAAGGUUGUUUACCAGAAUCGGUCGCACGGGAUCUGCUUGAGUAUUAUCGGGUCCAUCUCGACCGACACGUAUACAAUAUACUACAAGAUAGUAGCUUAGAUGACUUGCGUAGACGAUCAUCAAUGCUUACAGCUAGCGUAAUGACUGUAGCGGCGUUUUGCUCCGGAUCUGAACACCACGCGCCGUGUCUCAAAGCAUUCACCGAUGAGGUAACCGGUGAACUGUUUUCCAAAGAUCACAACUUUGAUGAGAUCCGAGCCCUGUGUAUUGGAUCUCUCUGGCUACAAGAUGUAUCAGCGACACUGUGUGGACUAGCUGUACGGUUCGGCUCGGAACUUAAUCUUCACCGCUGCAUAACGAAGAUGCCGCACACCGACCCGAAAUGCUAUGAACGAACGCAACUUUACUUUCUAGUCGUAGUGUGCGACCACCACUGUUCUUUACGAUAUGGGCGACCACCAAUGUCACAAAGUCUUUCCUCUUUGAAACACCCCAGGACUUUGCUGCAGAGUAGCAUCUCGCCAGUUUCUGACGGGAAGCUCAUUUGCCAUCUCGAGCUAUGGUCCAUCAAUCAUCAGGUCUUCAAUUUAUUCGGCGCUGACGUCACUUCAGACUUCAACUCUGCUAAGGCGAUAGAGAUUGAAAAGUUCAGUGGGUAUCUCGACGACUGGCGUAAACUGUGGAACGACGCUUUGGCGCGUAACAGGCAACUCGACCAAUUUACAACUCAAAACCUGGAUAUUUAUUACUACUCCGCAAAGUUAUGUCUGUGCGCCCUAAUUUUUAGAGGGCCUAACGUGGAUCCUUUCAUAGUCGGUUCAGACACUGCGAGACUGGCACAUUAUGCUGUCGAAAAUGCUGUGUUGCUCAUGAAGUCUGUGACUACUGCAGAACAAGAAGUAUCUAAGCUACCAGCAUAUUUCAUCACAAUGAUCGCAUUUGCGGCGGUCUUUCUCCUUCGAAUACAGUCAUACAGCCAAUCUAAUUUUUCAGUUGAUCAAGAAGAGGUGCUUGGUCCGUUGCGGCAUCUUUCAGAUAUCCUCACCCAGUGCAACACACACCCGGAUCAUCCGUUGACCGUGAUCAGAAAAGGCCUCAUUACUGCAUUCAGUGCUCAAAGCGACCCAUCGAGUUUGAGCCAGCAGAUUCCCAGCUCACUUUUAGACUUCGACUUUCAACUUCUCCCAGAGGAUUUCCUGGGAUUAGCCUCAAGUCAAAACAUUGACUGGAACGAUUUCUCCACUUUCGAAACAGGCGUUCCGGAAUCAUGUGAUACAGACUUCGGAAAUCUUGGCUGAUAGAGAAAUAUGGUCUACUAGGACUAGGAUGUACCAAUAGUUGAAUGGGUUAAUGCCAUAAUAUUCUUUUCUUCUUUCUCACUGCAACAUUGCUCGCUAAUAAUUCAAGGCAAUAUCAAAGACAUCAAAAUUCCUCCAUGCUCGACCAUCGAUGUUUUUUACACUUCCCAAGGGCUCAGACCUCAAAAGUGGUAUAUGCUGCUCCGAGAGUCCACCAUGUGUGCGAAGCCGGUGCCCUUUCAAUCCACUCAAAUCAUGCUCGUCCUUCCGGCCUCCUAUAACGGCUCGCUCUGUCGCAAUCACUAUCAUAUCGCCUUCACGAUCAAGCGGCAUUUCGAAAAUAGCCGCCGCUUCUUCGCCGGUAUAAGCUAAGUCCACUUCCGGCAAUGUACGACAGUAGUCCAGCAUUUCCUCCACAUUCUCGGCUGUAUUAAGCAAAUGCACACGAACGAACCCGCCCAAUGCGCCAUGAUGCUUGACGAAAGGGUCAGUGAUGGGGCAAAUAACACGGGCUUCGGCUUCAGGCCACUUGUCGUGCAACACGUCUUCCAAGAAUAGGACGUUGGGAUUUCCGUUAUCGUCGCUCUUGUCGCUCAUCCCAUGAUCGCCGGUCACCGCGACCACGGCGCCUAACUGCACCAGCUCUCCGACACGCUUAUCGAUCUCGCCCAUGAACGCGUCGGCUUCCGCGGAGCGAGGCGCAUGCUUGUGUUGAAUGUAAUCAGACAAAGUAAGAUAGAAUAGAUCUCCCGAAUAUUGCGGCGGCGCAGAACGACCUAACCAAGCUUCUACGUCUUUGAUCCCAUGCUCUUCUUCUGUACACUCGCCAGCGUUCUGAGCCGAGAAACAUAUUGCGCCCUGGCUAGCUGACAGGCCACGAUUGAUGAUGCGUCGCAGCUUGUCUUUCGCGGUUACAGCAGCAACUCUGACGCCUUGUUUGGCAAGCUGCUCCAGAAUGGUGGUGCCAAUAGUCGAUGAGUCGUCCAGGACCAUGUGCUCUUUGCCAGUCUUCUUGUCUAGAUAGUAAUUGCCCGAUACGCCAUGCGCGGAGGUCGGUGCUCCAGUGAUGAUCGACAUGUUAUUCGGAUUAGUCAACGAGGGCAUUGCGCAUUUUGCGGUGGCGUGGAAUCCCGUUUGGACGAAUGAUGCCAUGUUUGGCGCGAUUCCGUCUUCGCAAGCUGCAGAAAGAUAUUCUGGAUCGAAUCCAUCAACGCAGAUGAUUACUGUUGGACGAUUUGGAAGUUGAUAGCUUCUUCCGUGGACAGUGACUGAUGUUUGUUCACAGCUCAUGUUGGUAAUGGAACUGGU